AUGGAUAUGCUGGAGCGAAGGAUGGUACUGCUGCGACCCUUCCCUGAGGCACUCUUGGAUUCGGAGACACUGCUGGAGAAACUUCAACGGGAGUUUACUGAUUUCCCUCAGCUUCAAAUACGGGAUAGAAUCCUCGAGUUCGCUCCCAUGGCUAAACGAGAAAUAUACCUGACCAAAUCCUUGGCAUGGCUUGAUAUCAACUGUGAAUCCUUGCAAGCCCUUCGAGCAUUGGCGGCAGUGGCUCUCCUUCAUCCAACACAACCUCUGCUCCAUGAAUGCACUGUGCAUCUGGAAUCAUGGUCCCAGUCACAAAGGGUCGCAGCUCGUCAGGAGCUCCAGAGGGUUUCUGAUUCGCUCGAUGAAAUGAUGGAAGAUGCCCGAAGAUUUGAUGAAGAGAAUGACCUCGAAAACUACUAUUAA